AAUCAAGACUUGAUUGGAUGUGGACUCUGAUGGCGGAGAAAAGGAUGCUGGUUUGUGAGCUGGGCCGGGAGAGGGCAGAAGAGCCAAGUGGCCAAGAGCAUGGGCUCUGUGUUCAGAUCCCAGGUCUGCUGCUGCGUGACCCGAACAAAUGACUUCCACCUCUUCACCUGGGUUUCCUCAUCUGUAAGAUGGGCACGCCCUGAUGUUCUGACGAGAGUCACACUGUUUCCCGCCCACCGUGGAGCUGGCCUGAAUGUUGGGGACGUCAGCUUUCCCAGGAAAAUCCAGAUCCCAGAUGAGGGAGUUAACUUGGGGUGCGGCCCUGGGCUGGGACGGGCAGUCAGCUGCCCUGGGAGUGGGGAGCUGGAGGAGCGGCCCCUCCCUCACGCUCCUUAGAGGAAGGAAAUUAAUCAUUUGUGAGCCCCACCAGAAGCUGAAGCAAUGGCCUCAAAGCCUGAGAAGAGGGUCGCCUCGUCUGUCUUUAUCACCUUGGCACCUCCACGUCGAGAUGAGGCUGUGGCUGAGGAGGUGAGGCGGGCAGCUUGUGAGGCCCGGCCUGGCUGCCCCCGGGCAUCUCCUGCCCCCACGAAGGCACCCGGGGCUGGCUCUGCGGGGAGGCUCCGUUCCUGGACACCCCCCAGCAGGGCUGCAGCUCCAGUGCCAGCUGUUCCACCUCAGCUCUCCAGUGGAGGAUGUUCGCUUCCUCCCCCUCCCCUGGAUGGCGAGGACGCACUCCCCGACCUGGACCUCCUCCCACCUCCGCCGCCGCCCCCUCCAGUGUACCUGCCUCCCAACGAGGAGCCCCCUGCCCCGAUGGGGACGUCACUCAUUUCAGACUUAGAGCAGCUGCCCCCACCCCCGCCGCAGCCCCUCGUGGAGGGGCCUCCACUGCAGCCUCGGCCCAGUCAUCUCAGACCCACAGAAGAGGAGCUGCCGCCUCCCCCAGAGGAGCCUAUGGGCUUCCCCGAGAGAGAGGCCUCCACAGACGUCUGUGCCUUCUGCCACAAGACCGUGUCCCCUCGAGAGCUGGCUGUGGAGGCCAUGAAGAGGCAAUACCAUGCCCAGUGCUUCACGUGUCGUAUCUGCCGCCGCCAGCUGGCCGGGCAGAGCUUCUACCAGAAGGAUGGGCGGCCCCUCUGUGAACCCUGCUACCAGGACACCCUGGAGAAGUGUGGCAGGUGUGGCGAGGUGGUCCGGGAGCACAUCAUCAGGGCCUUGGGCCAGGCCUUCCACCCCACCUGCUUCACGUGUGUGACCUGCGCCCGGUGCAUCGGGGAUGAGAGCUUUGCCCUGGACAGUCAGAAUGAGGUGUACUGCCUGGACGAUUUCUACAGGAAAUUCGCCCCUGUGUGCAGCAUCUGUGAGAAUCCCAUCAUCCCCCGAGACGGGAAGGAUGCCUUCAAAAUCGAGUGCAUGGGAAGAAACUUCCAUGAGAAUUGCUACAGGUGUGAGUGGACGCUGGCGAGUCCCACCUGCGCACACUCCACGCCGCAGUGCUCGGGCCUGGGGUCCAUCCGCGUGUGCCUUGUUCCCGCAGGACUGCAGGAUCCUCCUGUCUGUGGAGCCCACGGACCAAGGCUGCUACCCUCUGAACAACCGUCUCUUCUGCAAGCCGUGCCACGUGAAGCGGAGUGCUGCGGGGUGCUGCUGAGGGCACCCGUGGGCUGGGGGCCGUGGUUGCACACUAGCCCCGCUCAGGGGUCCCUCCCCAACCUGUCUCCCUUCCUGACCUGCUCUUGCACACUUUCCUUCCGAGCCACACAGGGACCAGCCUGCAGGCCUGCCCCUCAUGUCCGGGACCCAAGCCUCCUCCCAGCUCAGAGCACCCUUUAAACUCUCAGCUGUUCCUUCUCUCCUCUGGGCACCGGGAGGCUUUCGUACCAUGAGUAUCGUGCCUGGGGGUCCCAUCUCCACGACUCUGGCCCCUCUUGAGCACUGGCCUUGACCUCCAUUUCCAGGGGUGAGUUGGGUUGAGUCUCUAGAUGGCACCCUGUGCCCCUAGCAAUGACACAUUAGCUCUGGGGGUACUGAGACCAGCUCUGCCUUGCAGGACUGAACUAUUUCAGGAAAACUGCAAAGUCCCUUAAAAAGCACUAUUUUUAAAAUUUGAAGUUUAAGUGAUGAGAAACAUUCUUCAGAUUUUUUGGAGGGGAGGUGGGAAUCUUAAAAGAAAAUGCCUUCUGUUGUUCAUAAAUGUACAAGAGUGUGACCUACUGGUGGCAUGGCCAUGGACUUCCUACACUGGGGACAUGUCAUGCUGACAUGGGGCCCAGGCAUGAACCUGAACAGCAGAGGCAGGAGCGAAGGAUGACACGCUGACACCCAAGGAAGUCAGCAACCCCUGCACCCUGGCUUCCGGUGCCUCCUUCUGUGUGCAACAGUGAUUCAGCAGACAUGGAUUGAGUGCCUGUUGUCUGCUGGGGAGCAGAGUACAGGAGCUCUGAGUGUGCCUCCUGCAGCAGCCUUGACUACGGCCGUGCACACGCGUGUACACACACACACACACACACACACACACAUUCCUCCAGGACAGCAACACGGGUGUCCCCCAACCCCUACUCGGGCCCUCCAGCCCAGGCUGCCCUGUGACCACUGCCUUCUCAAGGCCACACCUAGAAGAUUCUUUUUCUCUUUUAAGGGAAAUCAUUUUUGUUGCUUUGUAACUUCUAAGACAUUUUGUAGAACAUGAACACAUUAAACAAGAUGUGCUUUCCUCCCUGGGGUUGUCUUGAUGUACCAUGUGCUCCUAGGAGGGUGCCCUGGGCUCCAAGUACCAGGAGAGUUUCUCUGUAGGGCCCCUUAAGGGCUUCAGACCAGAGCACAGCUUCUUGCCCGAAGCUUAGAGCGGCGAGUCGCAAACUCCAGGCCUUCCCAUGCCUCCACAAUUUCUAUCAUACAAGGACCUCCUAUUCUAUUAUCUCCUUAAUAUUUUCUUUAACUCAACAUCCUUUUUUUUUUUUUUUUUUUACUCACUUACCGAUUUAGUCUUAGGUUAACUAAGCAAUAUAUCCAUGCAGUCACAUGUCGAUGUGCUAGUUAU